GAGGCUCCUCCCGGCCCCUCCCGCUGAGACCCCGCCCCUCCCUAGGCCCCGCCCACCCCGCGGCUCCGCGUGCGUGGAAGAUGGCGGCUGCAGCGGGAAGGUUGCUCCGGGCCUCGGUUGCUCGACAUGUAGGCACAAUUUCUCGGGGCAUUUCUGCCUCUGCAGCCCUUGGACCUCUUGCUUCUAGAAGAACAUGCUUGACAAAGAUCCCGUGGUCAGGGUCUCCUCAAGCCACGUUCACCUUCAGCACCAGCUCCUCGUGCCGUGCUCCUGCUGUCACCCAGGACGCGCCCUCCUUUAAGGGCACAGCUGUUGUCGAUGGAGAAUUCAAAGAGCUAAGCCUUGAAGACUUUAGGGGCAAAUAUUUGGUGCUUUUCUUCUAUCCUUUGGACUUCACCUUUGUGUGUCCCACAGAAAUUGUUGCUUUUAGUGACAAAGCUAAUGAGUUUCACGAUGUGAACUGUGAAGUUGUUGCGGUUUCAGUGGAUUCCCACUUUACCCAUCUUGCCUGGAUCAACACACCAAGGAAGAGCGGUGGUUUGGGCCACAUGAACAUAGCGCUUUUGUCAGAUUUAACUAAACAAAUUUCCCGGGACUAUGGUGUGCUGUUGGAAGGUCCUGGUAUUGCACUCAGAGGUCUCUUCAUAAUCGACCCCAAUGGUGUCAUCAAGCAUCUGAGUGUCAACGAUCUCCCCGUGGGCCGAAGCGUGGAAGAGACCCUCCGCUUGGUGAAGGCAUUCCAGUUUGUGGAAACCCAUGGAGAAGUCUGCCCAGCAAACUGGACACCAGAUUCCCUUACAAUCAAGCCAAAUCCAACAGCUUCCAAAGAAUACUUUGAGAAGGUCCAUCAGUAGAUCUCCCCUGUAGCAUCUCCGGCCUGACAAGCACCGAGCCUGGGAGCCCAUAGGCGUUUCACACAAGCCCAAUUGUGCUCGCACUCACAAAUAUUCCUCUAAGUGUUUUGCUUUCGUAACACUGGCCAAGGCCUUCUAAAGGUGGUCAGUUGCUAACCUCAGGAGUCCCUUACUGGGGACAUCUUGACAGCUAGUGAAGCUCUGCAGAAAGCCAGCUCCCAUCUCUUAGAUCAUGUCGUCAGUUGGUAAAGAAAGCACUCUUCUCUCUUUUCUUUUGUUCUUUAUGUGCCGGGCAUUUAGCUCAGUGGUUUCGCCGCCUGCUGUGCAAGCGCAAGGACCCAAGUUCGAUCCCCGGUACCAAAAAAAAAAAAAAAAAGAAUACUUUUGUUCUUUAUUUUACUGGUACAUUUAGCUA